GCCCCGCCCAAAAAGAAACGCACUCUGCGGCCGGGCACCUGUGCAUGUCUGAGCUGCCUGGGUGAGAUGCGCGGGGAAGGGUCUUACGUCCUCCUCAAGGCCUUCCAGCAGCUAUGUGCACCUCCAGGCAUGAAGGUGACCAGUGGCUGGGAGCCAUCGCUGAACAUCCGGGAGUUUGAGCAUGGUGGCACUACCAUGUCUGGCCUGGUGAGCGAUGUGGACAUUCGAGCAGGCAAAGAGAUCCUGGGGUUUCCAGCGCACACCAGGGUGACGGAUGAGAUGCUGAAGGAAGAUCGAUUCCUUGGCUGUGUUGGGGAUGAUGCCGUCUCCAAGAUGGCCUGUGGGUAUGCGAAGCACGGGCUUUGGUUGGCGGAGAAGAAGCUCGAGGUGCUGGGUAGCGAUGCAGACAACGCCAACGCCUGGCUUCCAAGCUGGCUGCGGCAUCGGCUGGUGGAAUCCGGUGAUGCGGAGAAGGACUACUGGGCUGCGUGGGUGCAUAGCCUUCCAACAUACGAGGAUUACGAGAAUCUGGGCUUGCCCCUCACAGCGCCCACGCACGAGCUCUCGAAGCUCCGAGGACUGCCGAAGUUUGGUGGUGUGCCCGGCUGGACGCAGGACUUGCAGGACACACUGAAGAAAGAGCUGAGCUACUACAACGCUCAUCGCGGCGAUAGGCCUGAAAUUGGCUGGAAGGAUGGUCUUUGGGGUCUCAUGGCAGCCUUUACACGCUCCUUCGACUGUGGCGGCGAAGGCCAUAUGACGAUGGCACCAAUCGGUGAUAUGGUGAAUCAUUCCACGACCCCCAACGUGGUUUACUACUGCGAGCGCGACUUGCUAAAGUUCACCACACGCCGGGCGAUCAAGGCCGGCGACGAGCUGCUGGUGGCAUACCACCCUCCCAAGGACGGCAGCGUCACACUGCUCUCGCAAUAUGGGAUUCUGGAUGAGGAAUCGGAUAGGGGCAGCUGGUCAAAAGAGGACUGCGCCGCCCUGCGAGAGGCAAACCUUGAGCAGUACCAGAGCCCCUAUCUGAAGAACGUGGCAAAGCUGAUUGACGCCAAUUGCCCCAUGCCCAGGGCCAAACCCUCGCCGGACGCAGCAGUCAUCCAAGCCAGUAUGCCCUUCCAGGCCAUGGCGUGCCGCCCCCACAAAAAGCGCCGCCUGCGCGACUUCCUGUGAGGCGGAGG